GUGAUCCGUUCAAUACCCUCUUUUUCAAGCUUCUGCUAGUUUGAAAAGGAGCAGAAGAUAGUCUCCUUCAGAAAGAGCAACUACAGGAAGUGUGCUAAAGAUCCAUUAAGGAGAAAGAGGUGAAUUUGCUGCACAAUGCCUCCGAACUGGUAGCACUAGGAGCCUUCUGACUGGAAACACGAUUUCAACAAACGGGGAAGGGUUCAGUGAGCCCAACAUGGCUUCUUCAUCCCGGAUUCAAAGCCUUGGCCCGCGUCCUGGUUUUUCCACUUUGCACCGCUUGCGUAAGAAGCGGAAAGCCCAGCGGCUGAGGGACCCCCUGGAUGCUCUUCUUCUGAAGACCUUGACUGCCCAGCGGGAAAUGGAGGAGCGUUUCUUGCAAAUGGAGGAACGACGGCUCCAACGAGACCUCGAGAUGGAGGAGCGGCGGAUACAGCUGGAGCAAAGACGCUUUGAACUGGAGCGGGACCACGAAUUCCGCAUGUUCAGUGUCUUUGCCCAGAUGCUCAGCAUCUUAAAGCAGAGCAAUAAUGGCUCCUCAGCAAGUGGACUGCCUCAGGGUGUGGACCUUAGUCAAGCAUUUUCUGAUACCCCAGGAGCAGGAGAAGGGGCAUCACAGGAAGUAAGGACCACACUCUUAGGGCGACCCGCCACGGACAGGACAGCCAGCACGUACAGUUUCCGCAACCACAGUGAUUUCCAAAACAGCCCAUACCUCUCUAACCGAGGUAAUGGUACUACACUGUUCAGAGGAUCCGCAGAAGAGGGAUACAGGGCCUAUCAUGCCGACAAGUAUGAUGAAGACAAAAACCCUAACGGUAUCAUUAACUUUGGCACAAGUGAGAACAAACUCUGCUUUGAUCUGAUGUCCAAGCGGCUGAUGCAAAGUGACAUGAACAUCAUUGAGCCCCCAUUGCUACAGUAUCCCAACUGGAAGGGCCAUAUGUUCCUGCGAGAGGAAGUGGCCCGAUUUUUGACUUAUUACUGCAAGACACCUGCACCUCUCAAAGCGCAAAACGUGAUUAUACUGAAUGGUUGCGGCUCUCUGUUUUCUGCUUUGGCUACCGUUCUCUGUGAUCCAGGAGAAGCCUUCCUGGUUGCUGCCCCUUGCUAUGGGGGCAUCAUCCAAAGUGUGUUUCCCUAUGGGAAUGUUAAGCUGGUCUAUGCCUAUUUGGACAGUCAGGUCACUGGCACAUCCACCCGUCCAUUCCAACUCACUGUGGACAAACUAAAGAAUGCCUUGCAGGAUGCACAAUCUGAGGGUAUCAGGGUAAGGGCCUUGAUUCUCCUCAACCCGCAAAACCCCUUGGGGGAUGUCUAUUCCCUUUCAGAGUUACACGAGUACUUGGAAUUUGCAAAAAGGCAUGAGUUACACGUGAUUGUGGAUGAGAUCUACAUGCUGUCAGUUUUUGAUGAUUCUGCCACAUUCCACAGUGUGCUGGAAAUGGACAGAUUACCUGAUCCACAGAGGACCCAUGUGAUGUGGGGAAUUAGUAAGGAUUUUGCUGCCUCUGGGAUUCGGUUUGGCACCUUGUACACCUUGAACCACGAUGUGGCCAAUGCUGUUUCUUCCUUGUGCUACUUCCAUGGGGUUUGUGGUCCUGUCCAGCACAAAAUGGCCCAGCUCCUCAGAGACAGAGAUUGGAUCAACCAGGUGUACUUACGGGCCAACCAUGACAGGCUGAAAGCCGCCCAUACUUUUGUGACAGAUGAGCUCAAGACCCUUGGCAUCCCUUUCCUUAACCGCAAUGCGGGUUUCUUUAUAUGGAUUGACUUCCGAAAGUACCUGAAAAGAGGGACGUUUGAAGAGGAAAUGCUGCUUUGGAGGCGCUUCCUGGACAACAAGAUCCUGCUCUCUUGUGGCAAAGACUUUGAGUGCAGCGAGCCCGGCUGGUUCCGUAUCAUCUUUGCUGACAAGAUACAUCGUCUGCAGCUAGGCAUGCAACGGAUCCGUGAGGUGCUGGAGGACCACGAGCGUGAACUUCUGAAUGAAGAGAAAGACCCGUCUGACUCGGAGGGCAAAGCCGACAGCACCGAUGAGGUGAUCUUUGUGUCGCACCACCAGGAACCAACCUCAGCUGGGAGCUCCAAUCUGGGCGAUCUGAUUGGUCUCCUGCAGCAGCAAAUGCGCUCUUCUGACUGGCUGCAAAAGAAUACCGUGGAGCAGUUUGCACAGGAGAAGCCAGAGAUCUAUGACGUUUUCCGCAAGUUGGCUGGGAAACAGUAAGACAGGCCUUGGAGUGUUUGUGCAAGGACCAUCCCUGGAGGUGCUUGCUGCCUAAGUUGACUCCUACAAUGCUUACAUUUUCUAUAUAGCAGGAAACCAAUUUGUAAAGCUCUUUCCUUAGCCUUCCUCUUUUCAUUGGAUUGGAUCGGGGGGGGGGGGCAGCUUGGGAUUCGUCUUUUCCUGGGGGGGGGGGGGAGAUUUUUUUUACCCCUGAAGAACCUUUUAUAUCUCUUCCAUGACCGAAAAUGGAAAUUCGAAGUACAAGUAACUUUGACCUCAGUUGAGUGUUUUGUCAACAAGUCACUUUUAAUACUGAAUUUAGAGGAAGGUUUAAAUGUAUUCCAGCUCAGAUAUUCUAGUACGGGUAAAUAAUAAGUAUUUGUUCAUAAUUCAUUUACUCCCGUGUGAGUAUUUGUUACUACAUUCCAGUGUUCCAAAGACUAGUACAGAUGUAAUGCUUCCUGCCUUCUUAACAGUGAUUAAGGGAUUAGGAACUACCAUAGGUUUACAUAUACUCCCCUGUAGCCCUUCCCUCUCACACUUGAAUUUUCCCCACAGGCUUUAAGCAUGAUUAGUUGUUAUGCCUGCAGUGACGUUUUCCAGGGUUAACCUUAACUACUGUUCACUCCUAACCAAGAUUUAAGUCAGAUUAACUAUAGUUAAUGUUCAGGAUGCGGAAUGUGUGGCUUUCCAGAUGUUGCUGGAAUGCAACUUUCAGGUCCUGCCCUGAAAGGUGGCCUAGAAAUAUUAUUAUUAUUAUUAUUAUUAUUAUUAUUAUUAUUAUUAUUAUUAUUAUUAUUAUUUUAUAUAGCACCAUCAAUGUACAUGGUGCUGUACAGAGUAAAACAGUAAAUAGCAAGACCCUGCCGCAUAGGCUUAAUAAUAAUAAUAAUAAUAAUAAUAAUUUAUUUGUUACCCGCCUCUCCAUUUUGAUCGAGGCGGGGAACAACAGUAAAUAUAAAAUACAUAAAAUAAUAAUAAUAAUAAUAAAUUCCCAUCAUCUCUUACCAUUGGCUACGGUAGCUAGGGCUGACGGGAGUUGCAGUCUAGCAACAUCUGGAUGGCCACACAUUCCCCAUCCCUGAUUAAAGCAAACCCUGGUUUGGGCAGGUUAAUGAUCAGAAUGACAUGGUUAAUGUUCAGGUAGACCUAAUUAAUUACCAUGAUUAAGGCAAGAGGAUUCACAUAAAACAUGGACAGGAACUUUACAAACUUUGAGUCUCUGUCACUGUUAUGUCUGCAACCAGAAGCUUUCACACUCAAAAUGAUUAAAGUCUUAGUUGUUCACAUUUUGAAUUAUUGGAAUGGAAUCCUUGGGAAUUCAAUAAUCUUGGAGUUUACAAGAAGUGGCCAGUCAAGUUGCUUCUGUGGCUUGGAGCCCUAUCUCUGAAAUACUGUCAUCACUUUGGGUCUCUCGUCUACCAUGGAACUAAAGGGCAAGCAUUCCCAGUUACGAGAUAGACUUUGAGCUGUAAUAUGCCUUGCUGCAUAAGGACCUUUUUGCUAACAAAAGCAAGGAAAGGGAAAGGGAGUUGGAAAGGGAGAGAUGGGAGUUGGGAGAUGGAAAGGGAAAGGGAGUUGGCUAUCUCGGAUACCCAACACUGUAGGAGAGAGGUGGAAAAGAGACCACAAAGUGAUUUUUCACUUAAAUUACGUUCAGUGAAAUGGACCUCAUCCACAGUGAUUUGCAAGUGAAUGAAUUCUGAUGAUUGCUGCUUGGUUUUGAAGUUGUUUUUCAGGAAUACUUUAAUGGGUGAUUUUGACACAUGUAAAACACAGGGGGCCUAUUCAGACAACAUGCUAAGCCAUGGUUAGGCCACUAACUAGGGUGACCAUAUGAAAUACAUAAAGAUACAUAAUGAAAUACAUAAAGAUACAUAAAGAUACAACUGUAUCUUUAACAGUUGUAUUGAAAAGGGAAUUUCAGCAUGUGUCAUUUGUAUAUAUGGGGAACCUGGUGAAAUUCCAUCUUCAUCACAACAGUUAAAGGUGCAGGUGCCCUGCCCUCUUUUAAAUAUGGUCACUCUAUUAUAGCUCCUGCAGCUUUAACUGUUGUGAUGAAGAGGGAAUUUCACCAGGUUCUCCAUAUAUACAAAUGACACCUGCUGAAAUUCCCUUUUCUAUGCAACUGUUAAAGAUACAGGAGCCCUGUCCUCCUUUUCAUAUGGUCACCUUACCACUAACCCUUUUGCAGCAAAUGGUUAGUGAGGGCGUUUAAACUGUGGUUAUGUAGCCGCCAUGGUUAGGAUUGGUUCACACGAGAUGCUAAGCCAUAAUGUUUAGCUCAAAAUGCUUAACCACUGUGGCUUAGUGUGUCAUCUGAACAGGGUACAGUAAAUUUCCCACUCAGAUAUAACCCUUUUGUGUUGGCUGGCAGCUGUUGUGGGUCAGUUUGCCUUAUUUUGAUUGAUUUUGCCUUCUCUCCCACCCCCACAAAAUGCCUUUAGCGGCUUUCCUUUUUGCUGCUGCAUAGGGUACUGGCACAGAAUUACAUUUCCCAGGAUGGUUGCAUUUGUAAAAUUGUACGGUUGACAGGAAGGUCACCUACUCCAAUCAUAAGGACUGAUGUAGGAUAUCCCAAACUUAACACCGCUAUCCUAUUAACUUAUAUCCUCUCUAUUAGAAGUGCAGAGAAGGCAGAAGAGAAGAGGGACAGCAGGAUCUCUCAAAUGUCUGUAUGACAAGGAAUAAACAUGCACCCAGCUAGUGCCAUAAGUAUGCCCUGGGAGAUAAGUUGAAUGAUGCAUUCUGGAAAGAGUAGGGAUCUUCUGUACAAGCUAAUUUAAUUGCAGUUCUCUAUAUCCUUAAAUGCAAUUGAGGAGUUUGAUCCAGAUUUAGUCAUACUCAGAGCAGACCCAUUGAAAUCAAUGGGAAAUAAGUUAUUCAUGAAGUCACUUUGAUUUCAGUGGGUCUACUCCAAGUUUGUAUAAAUCUGGGUCCAACCAUAGAUAUAUAAAAUAGGCAAGGACCAUGAAACAACCCUGACAAGAUAGGGCAGGGGUGGGCAAUUUGUGGCCCUUCAGCGUCUUGGUCUACAGCUCCCAUCAGCCAGCAUAGCCAAUGGUCAGCGCUCAUAGGCAUUGUAGGCCAAAACAACUGGAGGUCCACAAGUUGCCCACCUCUGAUGUAGAAGGAUCUUCAUGCUAUAUUUGAUUGUAAACUACGCAAUAACCUAUAUACUGUCCUAGAUGGGGCGUAGUGUUGUUCUGGAUGGAAUAGAAAAGUCUUUGCCACCCUCUCCUCUUCUCCUUUUUGUAGCCCUUCCUGCUGUUCCAACUUCUUUCCGCUAUUGGACCUUGUACCACCAUUACUGCCAUUGUCUCCCAGUGCUUCUGAACAUGUCUGGAGUGAGAGGAUGUGCAUGUUCCAUUGAAUGUUUGGGGAGCCUAGUGAGGACAUAGCUUUCUGUUCCUGACCAUACUUAGUCGGAAACCUAUUUUGAGCCAAGCAUACCUCUGGAAGAAGGAACAGCAUGUUCUAUCACAGGGGUAGACACUUGUAGGCCUUAACAUCUGGAGGGCCACAACUCCCAAGAUCCCUCACUGUUGGCCAGGGCUGAUGGGAGGUGUAAGGAAAAAACUUCUGGAGAGAAACAAGUUGCCCAUUCCGGUACAGAGUUUGACAUAAGUGCAGGGUGGUUAUAGAUGAAACAAUGUAUUAAAACAACAACACAGAGUGGUAUUUUACCAGCGUAUAAGGCUCAGAUUUUCCAGCAGUUUCUUGUUCAAAAGAGUUUACUUUCUGUCCUCAGCUUGCUAGGGACAUUUAUUCAUAGUAAAGGACACGAGCAAAGCCAAGCAUCACGAAAAUAUACUGGAUAAACACUGGAAGCCAAUGCUAUUUUUAGCCACUCGAUGUAUUCCCUGCUGUUCUCCACCAGAUUCUGAAUGUGCACAAAUACAUGCACGAGGGCUUAGCUAUUCUAGGCAAGUCCUCCUCGUGACCCUUUCCCUUCUGAACGAAUGACCAAAUCCAGAAAACGUGCAACGGAUUAAAGAUGAAUACUGUGGCAAA